AUGACGAUGGUCAUUGAUAGUCAAGGUCGACAAUACGGUGGCAUGGGCUACGAUCACAUGUAUCCAAGCAUGCAGACAACACCGCAGUUCAGCGAUCCCUGGUCACAUCAGACCAGCUCCUCCAACGCGUCCUUUCCUGUUAAGACGGAAAGCUCCAGGUCUACCAUGUCAAUGCCAUAUUCACACAUACCACCCCCCGUGUCGGGGUCAAUGGCCCAAGGUAGCGCCUACUCUAGCACUGGAUACUCUGGGACGGAUGUGCUAAGUUUCCCUCAAGACAUUCCACGCUCGACGUAUGAGCAGUCUUAUCCUCCCACGUCGGCAACCACGUCGUCUUACACGCCGUCAUACACCUCCAUGACAUAUGCACAGUCUCUUGCCGCCCAGCAACAACAGCAACAGCAGCAGCAGCAACAACAACAACAGAAUCAGCACAGAAAGAUGUCCGAUGUCGACAGCUCCCGUGCCGCCAAUGCUAGCUUCGGUGAACUUGAUGCCUCUCGGGGCAUGCUCGCGCUGAGCCACCAGAAUCUACACGACCUGACUCCUCGUAACAUAUACGAGGCGCGUGCCCAACGAGCCCCUACAGACUCGUACGGCUUCCCUCAGACUGCCUCGGCCCACUCGUCCAUUUCGAAUGAGUCUGGUCGCGGCUACCCUUACUACGCGCCGAGCUCUGUCGGCUCUGUGGCCGACUCUGCGACCGACUAUAGUUCGGCCGCUUCGGACGCAGGCUACGAGUCGAUGGCGGUUUCGCGCACGCUUCCGCGCCCAACCCAAAUGCUUGGAGGGCCCAUUGGACCUCCCGCUCCUCAGUCUAUGAUGGGUCAGUUCUCCUCCAAGUUGUCGGCGAACACUCAAAAGAAACACAAAUGCAAAGUGUGCGACAAACGCUUCACGAGGCCAAGUUCUCUUCAAACACACAUGUAUAGCCACACUGGCGAGAAACCGUUUGCUUGUGACGUCGAAGGAUGUGGUCGACAUUUCUCUGUCGUGUCGAAUCUGAGGCGUCAUAAGAAGGUGCACAAGGGCGACAACACCUCGACCACCAGCCACUCUGACACGGAAGAGUAA